CUCUCGCCCAUCCAUCGUCUCCUUUUUCCUCGCUUUCUCCCCCGCCACGAAAGGAACCAACCCUCCUCCGCAGCCCAACAAAGCGCCCGCGGCGGUCGCUCGCGGAUCAACGCGGUUCACACGCACGCAGGGCUAACAUGGCGGGGGAGACGGAUUCCACGCCGAUGGCCGCGGGGCGCGCCGUGCCGCCGCCGCCGGAGGCCGCCGCCCCGCGGCUCCUCCUCCUCGGCGGCGGCGCCGAGCUCUGGCGGCCCGUCGCCCGCGGCGGCGGGUGGGCCACCGCCGCGGCGCUCCUCCUGCUCCUCGCCUCCCACCUCUCCGUCCUCCUCCUCCGCCGCCUCCGCCUCCGCCGCCGCCUCCGACCUGCUGACGCCGUCUCCUCCUCCUCCGCCGCCGCCGCCGCCGUCGUCACCGCGGACUCCGCCCCAGGCUCCGCCGCAGGGAUGGAUGGCCUUGUGACGGAGGGCGAUCUGCGGGAGCUGGUGGGCAACCUCGGGGUGGCCGCGCGUGAGCCGGAGAGGGAGGGGUGGCAGCAGGUGGUCGCCAAAGGGAACGAUGACGUCUCCUACAGGGUGUGGUGCGACAAGCCCAUGUUAUAUUCCCCUAUGCAGGAAGGCCCUCCUAGAUAUCUUAGUGUGACAACAUAUGAGAGAUGCUCAACAGAGCUAUUGAGGGACUUUUACAUGGAUAAUGAGUAUAGAAUGGAGUGGGAUAACACUGUGAUAAAGCAUGAGCAGCUACAGUUUGAUGAAAAUAGUGGAAUAGAGAUAGGGCGUACAAUCAAGAAGUUUCCGCUCUUAACACCAAGGGAGUACAUAUUGGCAUGGCGAGUUUGGGAAGGAAAUGACAAGUCUUUCUACUGUUUGGUGAAGGAAUGUGAGCAUCCUGUUGCACCAAGACAGCGGAAAUUUGUUCGAGUGCAACUUUUGAGAUCAGGAUGGUGCAUUAGGAAAAUCCCUGGAAGGGAUGCAUGCCGAAUUACAGUGCUGCAUCAUGAAGACAACGGCAUGAACAUAGAGAUGGCAAAACUGGCAUUUGCCAAGGGCAUUUGGAAUUACAUUUGUAAAAUGAACAGUGCACUACGUCGCUAUCCUCAACGUAACAUUUCAUCAAUAUCAAUUCUGACCAUGCAAAGACUUACCAAGAAGUUUCCUCAGGCCUUGGAGACUGAUGUAGAUGCAAAUCAUCAUCCUCAAGGAAAUACAAGAGCAAAUGUUGUUCCUACACAUUUUGCAAGAACUUCAUCACGCCAACAGCCAGGGAAGAAGUCAUCUCGGGCAACGAUUGCAAGUGGACUUCUGCUUAUCGGAAGCAUUGUUUGUCUAUCCCGAGGCCGAUCUAACCUUGGGGCCCAGCUUGCAAUGGCAUUCUUCUUGAAGAAGGCGUUCAAACAAGAUAAAGGAUCGAGCUCGCAGAGGAGCAUAAGUAGAACUGAUGUGACUGAACCCAGGCACUUGGAAUAGUAUUGGUUAACCUUGGAGACGUUUUACCUUGACCUUUUCUUCCUCUUUCUUGAGAAAAAGUGGGAAUAUCGUUUGCUUGAUAAGGCAUAUCUGUACACAGCAUGACGGAUUAUGUAAAUAAUAGGUUUGUAGUUGUCUGUGUUUGCCAAUGAGUACUUCUGUGGAGUACUACAUCGUCUCACUGUAGAAAUCGGGUACCUGAGAAUAUUAAUGUAUGAAAGUUAAUUUUGGAGCAAAAGAGUUCUGAUUGAAGAAGGUGACUGCAAGAUAUGUUUGGAUGGAA